AUGCAAAUCGUCGCUUCCCUUGCCGCCGUCCUGGGCAUGGCCGCCUUUGCCCAGGCGCACAUGGCCUUGACCUACCCGCCGCCCAUGCGCUCCCCCAAGAACAAGCACACCACCGACAUUGACUACGAUUUGACGUCGCCCCUCAACGCCGACGGUAGCAACUUCCCGUGCAAAGGAACGCUGAACCUCGUCGGCACCCCCCAGGGCGCCGCCGUCGACGACUGGGCCGCCGGCUCCAGCCAGACUCUGUCCAUCGACGGCAGCGCCUGGCACUCGGGCGGCAGCUGCCAGGCCUCGCUCUCCUACGACAAGGGCAAAACCUGGACCGUGAUCCACUCGUGGCUCGGGUCCUGCCCGACCGGCCCCAGCGCUUCCUCCUACGACUUCAAGGUGCCCUCCGACGCCCCCGCCGGUGAGGCCAUUUUCGCCUGGUCUUGGUUCAACGAGGUCGGCAACCGCGAAAUGUACAUGAACUGCGCCGUCAUCAACAUCAAGGGCAACAAGUCCAAGAAGCGCCGUGGUAUCCCCAUGAGCCAGCGCCCCGCCAUGUUCGUCGCCAACGUCGGCAACGGCUGCGGCACCACCGAGGGCGUCGACCUCGAGCUUCCCGACCCUGGUGAGGACGUCACUCGCAAGGACUCCAAGUUUGGUCCCCCUGUCGGCAAUUGCGCCACUGGUAACCCGGCCCCCGGCCCCGCUCCCGGCCCCGCCCCCGAGAAGCCCUCGUCGUCUCCCGCCGCCGCCAACCCCACUAAGGUGCCCACGCCCACGCAGCCCGGCGGCAUCUUCGUCACCGUCAGCGACGCUUCCACCGCCAGGCCGUCCGCUUCCAGCACGUCCAUCGCCACGCCCACCACCAUCCAGAUCUCGAUCUCUACUCCCGCCGGUGCUCCUCCCGCUGGCACUCCCCCGGCCGGCACUCCUCCCGCUGCCGCUCCUCCCGCCACCACCAGCUCUGCUCCUACCGCCGCGCCCACCUCCGGUGGUAACGGCGGCGCCUUCCCCGCCGGCGCUGCCUGCGACGACCUCGGCUCCUGGAACUGCAUCGGCGGCAAGGAGUUCCAGCGCUGCAGCUCUGGCAACAGGUGGUCCGUUGCCCAGCAGCUCGCCGCCGGCACCAGCUGCAAGCCUGGCGUCGCCAAGGUCAUUAGCUUUGUCUAA